AUGUCGGCCAUAGCCAGCAGCAAGCCGUCGCGGUCCGCCUCCGCUAUUGUCGCGUCCACAGCGAGCGGGUACCACCUUCUUAAGAUCGAUGGCUACACCCGCACCAAGGGCGUCCGCACCGGAGAUAAGAUCAAGUCCCGCCCUUUCACCGUUGGAGGUCAUAAAUGGCACAUCGAUUACCAUCCCAAUGGCUUCAACUCAGAGGACGCCGACUACAUAUCUCUGUUCCUUGUUCUUGACGACAACGUCACCACGGCGGUGAAGGCACAACAGAGAUUCUGCUUUGCCGACGAGGUGAAGGGCCAGGCUCCUUCACUGACAUCAGCAUCAAUAAACAACUACACUAGUCAAAAGGGCUGGGGGUGGGGGACAUGGACGUUCAUCAAAAGGGCAGAGCUGGAGAAGUCAAAUCAUCUCAAGGAUGACUCUUUCACCAUCAGGUGCGACAUUGUUGUAAUUCAAGAGUACCGUGCAGAGGAUUUCACACCUACAGCAUUCGUUUCUGUGGCACCAUCUGACCUGCACCAGCACCUUGGCGAUCUCCUGAAGACUGAGAAGGGCGCCGAUGUGGUUUUCGAGGUUGGUGGUGAGACAUUCGCAGCCCACCGGUGUGUGCUUGCUGCCCGAUCGCCAGUCUUCAGUGCGGAGCUCUUUGGCGGUAUGAAGGAGGGCAACACCGCAGGUGUCGUGCGCAUAGAUGACAUGGAGGCACAGGUGUUCAAGGCAUUGCUCUGUUUUGCGUACACCGACUCCUUACCAAAACCAGAAGAGGAAGAUGUCAUGUACCAGCAUCUACUAGUUGCGGCCGACAGGUAUAACAUGGAUAGGCUCAAGAGUAUUUGUGAGGAAAAGCUGUGCAAUUACAUUGACGUGGGCACAGUAGCCACGGCCACCAUCCUGGCGCUAGCUGAGCAGCACCAUUGCGAAGGACUAAAGAAGGCAUGCUUGCAUUUUCUUGGCACCCCUGCAAACCUGAGGGCUCUGUUGGACAGCGAUGGCUUUGAUCAUCUUAGCAGGAGCUGCCCUUCUAUUAUGAAGAAGCUGAUUGCCAUGUUGGCCUUCACUUAG